UCAAGGAGUAAUGCCCAGGAUGAUAAACAGAAAGGAAAUCGUUUCUGCGUUUGGAUUACAUCUGAGCCCUGUCCACUCAUUCCAAGCUUCUUGCUGCAGAACCUGCAUAAAAUAGCUUGGAACCAUAUUACUGAAGAUGUCAUAAACUCGGGGACAUCAAAAGAGGAACGAAAGGACACAGAAGGAGGAAACCAGUCCCAGAAAGCCCCACUGGCCAUUGUAUAUAGGUCACCUUCAACGUACCUCCACUCAGCAAUUGUUUCCACCCUCAAACAAGUUCCAGUUGACCUGUUGGACAAAGUGUCGACAGAGCCUCAGAUGAUUCGCACCAUUGCUUUUGGUCUGGGAGUCAUACAGGGAAUGUUAGUUGCCCGUCAACUGUUCGGUGCUCAGGGUCUCAAUCAGUGGUACCCCUUCAACCGGGUUCAGAUGGAGCAGGCUCUGGUAGCCCUCACUGGUAAAAUGCUUAAAACGGAAGACCAGCAGGCUCCCAAAGUGGACACAAUGGCAGAGAUAUUUGCAAAAGCUGAAUCUCCAUGGCCAACCAAUGUGUCAGCCAGAUCAGAACCGCCCCACAAACUGGCUCUGACCGGUUAUGUGGACCAGUUGAUUUAUCAGAACUGUGUGUUGACCUACAGUGAUAUGGAUUACGUGGAGGCCUGUGUUAAGAAUGUCCUGAACAGCUUAUACCAGGAUAGUACAGGCAGUCUGGUUCUGGGAAGUGUAGCUAUCCCGACUCCCCCAGCUAACGUGGAUCCUGUGGACUUUGGACAGUGGUAUGAAGAUAAUGUUGAUGAGGAGUUUACACUGGGAGCCCUACAGCUACACAGCAGUGUAGAGAGGGAAGCCAUCGACUCUGAGGCCACUGGUUUCAUUCGAAAUUUGGACUUGAUGUUUGAAACCCAGACCAUGGAAGCAGGUGAUGUAGCCCGCUCACAAGAAGGCAGCGUGAAUAUCAUGAGGCUGCGAUCCUCCCUGGACAUGUGUGCUGAGGAGAUACCCAAGCUCCUAGAGCUGGGACAAGUCGGAGACAUGAUCAAGCAUGACUACGACUUCCCUUAUCAUGUCCCCAGCCUCAUUAGUCUGGCUACAGUCAGUAGCUCUCAGAUGCCAGAAACCAUUGGAUACUGCUUGUUGCAGGAAUGCUUAUGGAUGAACAACUCCAUUUGUCAUAUGAGGCAACAGAUUCAUGACCUACAGGGCAGUCUGUUAGCCGGUCCGGAGGCCAUUCCUCAGGAGCUCCUGCCUACUGCCUGCUGCCUACAGGAGGAGCAUGUUCCCGUGUCCUGGAUCCAUCCUAAUUGUCAGCCAUCGACUCACUCCCUUGUGUCUUGGCUGGAAGACUUGAAGAAAAGGUACAAGCAGUUGCAUACUUGGGUUAAACACAGCAUGGUUCCAGUCUUUAAGGAUGGAAUUCUGGAGAACCCAACCAUUGCGGCUGGACGACUGGGCAAAGUGUGGCUAGGAGGACUGGUCAACCCUCAGGCCCUUCUGGUGGCCAUCAGACAGGAGAAGGCUAUUGUAGCCCACUGCUCAAUGUCAGAGAUAUCCUUUGAGUGUAUUGUACUGGACAAUGUCAACACAGAUGAUUAUGAUGUGGAUGAAGGAGGGAUGUUUGUUAGUGACCUCAAUCUUCAAGGGGCUGCCUGGGAUUAUGAAAAUGACUGCCUCAAAGAUCCAAGCUCAUCCCUAUAUAACAUUCCAUACAUUUACAUGAAGCCUGUCAUAGCAGCGGAGCAGGCAGACAAAGUCAACCAACAGACAAUUUACUCAUGCCCUAUUUUCAUGAACAAGAGCAGACAAGUCCAGACCACUGAAGUAAGCCUGAAUUGUCCAGUUCCCGUGGAGAAAUGGAAGCUGGCCAGAGUAGCACUUAUACUAGACCCUGGACUGCCAGUAGAUGGUACGAAAAAGUCAAGAUCCUAUAUGAUGCUGAUGAAAGCUCCCAUGAUGCCAAUACAAGAGGAAGAGUCCAUUCACUCUGAUGAAGAGGAAGAAGAACUCAUUGAGCUGGAGCAGGGUGAAGAGGUGGAGAACUCUGAACAGUCUCAGAUGUCAUAUAGACCAAUGAGUCCGAAAGCUCCGCCCCUACCCCCAGGACUUGCAUUACAGAAAGAACCCCCAAUGGGUGGGGAACAGCCCAUCGGAGAAACUGAAAAGAAGUCGAGUGUAAAAGGAAGCAAGGACUCGGUUUACAGUCAAGGAAAAUCUGAAGGAAAGAAAGGAAGUCGAGUUGGUACACCAACAAAGGGCAGUGAAAGAUCUGGUCAGCAGUCCCCAGUAGCAAAACCAGGCUCUAGGCCUCCCACCAGGGCUAGUGUGACCAGCAAGAAGUCCAGAGGCAAAGAUAACAUGACCUCGGAGGAAGACGUGCAUGAACAGAAGAGUACCUCCAGACCUCGAUCUGAGCACGAGGACCCUGUGACUCAAGUGGAGAUUGAGCAUAGUGAGGAUGAGGCUGGAGAAGGAACAGACAGGAAAAACCCUCAACAGACUAGUGACAGAAGUUCAGAAGGAAAUCAGAAUCAAAAUGCCAUGGAUAAGAAAAAAUCAGAAUCGGUCAAAAGUUUGAAGAAAAGUGAAUCUUCACACAGUUUGAAGAAAGGUGAAUCCACGAAGAGUUUGAAGAAAGGGGAAUCAACUCAGAGUUUGAAGAAAGGGGAAUCGACUCAGAGUUUGAAAAAAGGUGAAUCGACUCAGAGUUUAAAGAAAGGUGAAUCAACCCAAAGUCUUAAAAAGGGGUCAUCUCACUCAUCUGGAGAUAAUUUAUACAAAGCAAAAUCCAAGGAGAGUCUCAAAAAAGCCCCAUCAGGUGAAAACUUUCAAAAGACAGAGUCCAAAGACAACAUUCAUGAUGACCAGACGAAAUCUUCUGAUCCACCCACCAGUCGCACUGUAGAAGACAAGCAGGAGUCAGAGCCAACAAAAUCUUCUGGACCACCAUCAAAUAGAACAGAGGAGGAGAAAAAGGAAUCAGAUAAGGCAAAGUCCUCUGGUCCACCAUCAAAUAGAACUGAAGAGGUGAAGCAAGGGUCAGAUAAGGCAAAGUCCUCUGGUCCCCCAAGCAAUCGUACAGCAGAGGAGAAGCAAGCAUCAGAUAAGGCAAAAUCCUCUGGUCCACCAUCACAUAGAACUGAAGAGGAAAAGAAGGAAUCAGAUAAAGCAAAAUCCUCUGGUCCCCCAACCAAUCGCACGGAAGAAGAGAAGCAAGCAUCAGAUAAGGCAAAAUCCUCUGGUCCACCCACCAAUCGCACUGAGGAGGAAAAACGGGGGUCAGAAAAGACAAAAACUCCUCCUCCAGUUGAGAGGAAGGAUUCAGAUUAUAUGACAGAGACAAAAACAACAUCAGAUGACAACAACCAGAAACAGGAAUCUAGUGGAGCAGACGACAAACAACCAGAAACCAGCAAAGAGCAAGAACCAGCCAAAGAAGGGGAGACAACUCUUGCAAAGGACAAGGAAGACUCAGAUUUGAUGUAAUUUUAGCUGUGAAUAUAUUUAUUUAUUUAUUACUGCCAUUUUGCAAAUAUCUAUGACAUGAACUUCUUGAAAAUAUAAAUGGCAUCUUGAGAGCAGAUGAUUGAACAAUUUACACCGUUACAUUAAGCUGUGAUUCUGAAAUUUGAUUAAAUAACUGCUGCUAUGAUUAUUCCUAAGUGGAGAAAAAACAAGUUUGUGUUUUUGUUGACUUUUUAAUGUGAUGUAUGCAUAUUAUAAAAUGAGUGCCUUAAUUAGCAAAGAAUAUUUAAAACUUUUACUUAAAGCAUUCCAGCUAAAAAUUACUGACAGUAUCAUGUAUUUUUGAUGUACUGAUUCAGAAUUAUUAUGUGAUAUUUUAUUGUUGCAAUUCCAGCCAAUAUUUUUCCAGUGAUAUCAGUAACAGCAUUCCGUCCACUGUUGACCUGAAAUAAGUUCCGUAUUUUGUUAUAUUUUUUCCUGAAUAUUUUUUUGGUAUUUAUUAUACAUUUGUUGUUAUGUCUUACUUUUUUUUGUUGUUGAUUUAUAUUUUUUUAUAUUGAGGAUACUUAAUGCAUCACUGUCUGAAAAAUUAAGAAUUGUUCAUGUGAGGGACAAUUGUUUUUCAUUUGUAAUAUAUAAAAGGUCUUUGUGUGUAUUGCACAUAGUUAUCAAAUAGGAAAAAAGUUUACUGUAGCAUAAUUUUCUUUGUGUUUAAAAUUUCUCAGCAUCUUUGCAUAUUUGAUGAUGAAUAAAAUGGAAUCUUAACAUUUGUUUCAGC